CUUCACUCUCAUCUCCUCAUUUCCUUUCCUUUUUCAUUCCAACCUCCCUGCUCUCCUCUUUCGUUCAUACUCACUUGCGUCUCAUUUUUGUGGUCUUCACUUUUCCUUGUUUACAUCCUGAUCUUCACUUUGUCACUCUUUUUUUUAAUACUCCCACUAAUCCUCUGUAGUUAUGAUGGUGUUCCCUUCCUGAUGCAUGACUCCACUCUGAGGAGAACCACUAACGUCGCUGAUGUUUUCCCAAAUCGAACACACCUCGAUGCCUCCAUGUUCACCUGGGCUGAGCUACAGCAACUGAAUGCUGGUGACUGGUUCUUAUCGAGGGAUCCAUUUGGUACUGUGUCGUCCAUGUCUGAGGCGGACUUCUCCCAGGUCCAGAACCAGUCUGUUCCCUCACUGGCCCAGUUCCUGGAGGUAGCGGCCCGUAGCAACAGACUAGUGCUGUUUGACCUGCGUAGGCCACCGCACGGACAUCCCUACAGUCAGUCAUACAUCAACACCACCCUGCAGGUGGUGCAGGCCCACAUCAACUCCUCACAGGUGCUGUGGCUGCCAUCUGAGGACAGGGAGCUGGUCCAGACUGUGGAUCCAGAGCUGCAGCAGACCUCUGGAGAAAAGGCAUCUAUCCAGGAACUAAGAGACGGGCACAUCACCAGACUCAACCUGCACUACAGCACAAUGUCACAACAACAGAUCAGUAAGUACCAGUCAGUGAACAUCAGCACCAACCUGUAUGUGAUCAGCCAGCCGUGGCUCUACACUCUGGCCUGGUGUGCCGGAGCUCAGUCCGUAACCACCAACUCCAUCCACAUCCUGUCCAACAUCAAAAAGCCGCUUUACCUCAUGACUCCAGAGGAAUAUAGUUUAAUGUGGAUUCUGACUGAUGCCGUGUCUGCCUGCCUCAUCAUUGCAGUUUUCUUAUUCCAUUGGUGCGUAGAG